AAGACAAAAUCCUCCCUUUGUUUACUCCAUUACUCUCGCUCGCUGCCUCUGUUUAUCAUUUUUCCUCCAUUUUUUUUAAAAAACACCUGUAUUCCAAUUAUUCCGAUAUAGUUGAAUCCUUUUCGAUUCUUCAUCCACCCAAAUUCAAUCAUUUUCAAAUUUUCUAAUUAUAGUCUUUGAUGGCUGCUCUUUACUCAACUUCCACUUGCCUAUAUGGUAGUUUGGCUUCGUACCCGUUUAAUAAGUCCGUAAAAAUUGGUCGUGUCAAAGUUAGAGAUCCUGGGUAUUAUUUUCCUCCACGUUUUCAGUGUUCUAAGCCUAAAUUGCAUGUCCAAGGAAAAGCCCUUCCUGUUGAUGGAUUACCUGAAAUAAAGGACUCUUCUCUAGUGGUUUGUUUUGGGGAAAUGCUGAUAGAUUUUGUCCCAACUAUCAGUGGGCUUUCAUUGGCAGAUGCUCCUGCAUUUAAAAAGGCUCCUGGAGGUGCACCUGCUAAUGUUGCUGUUGGAAUAGCUCGUCUUGGUGGCUCAUCGGCUUUUAUUAUUGGGAAGGUUGGUGAGGAUGAAUUUGGAUACAUGCUUGCUAACAUAUUAAAGGAGAAUAAUGUCAACAGUGAAGGGAUGCGUUUUGAUCCAGGUGCACGAACUGCUUUAGCAUUUGUAACACUAAGGAGUGAUGGGGAACGUGAGUUCAUGUUUUAUCGUAAUCCUAGUGCUGAUAUGUUGCUCCAGGAAAACGAACUUGAUUUUGAUUUGGUUACGAAGGCAACAAUAUUUCAUUAUGGUUCAAUAAGUCUUAUUACCGAACCAUGCAAGUCAGCUCACAUUGCUGCAGCAAAAGCUGCAAAGGAUGCCGGUGUUGUUCUGUCCUAUGAUCCCAACCUUAGGCUUCCGUUGUGGCCCUCUGCAGAGAGUGCCCGGAAAGGAAUUAUGAGCAUUUGGGAUACUGCCGAUAUUAUCAAGGUAAGCGAAGAUGAGAUUUCUUUCCUAACACAAGGGGAAGAUCCAUAUGAUGAUGCUGUUGUUCGUAUGUUAUUCCACCCAAAUCUGAAAUUGCUUCUAGUUACGGAGGGCCCACAUGGUUGUCGUUAUUACACUCAGGAAUUCAGUGGGAGAGUGAAGGGCUUGAUGGUAGAAGCUGUAGACACCACUGGUGCCGGGGAUGCUUUCGUAGCUGGAACAUUAUCACAACUUGCUUCUGACCUUUCCUUGCUUCAGGAUGAGGGUCGAUUGAGGGAUGCUCUAUGGUUUUCUAACGUUUGCGGUGCAUUGACCGUGACAGAAAGAGGUGCGAUUCCUGCCUUGCCGACUAGAGAAGCUGUUAUCGAUGCUAUUCUCAAAAUUGUAGCAUAAGUUUUUCUUCCCAUACUGUAAUAAAGGCGACUUCCAAGUUCCUAUCGGCAACCAGGACUAGAUCGGAAUGAAGUUAAUGAAACGAUCCGCAUAUGACCUACUAAUAUUCUACCAUCACGUUUACCUUCAUCCGUGAACUUGUAAGCUGUUCCAUUCUUGUGUAUGAUAAUGGAAAGCAUCUUGAUUUUGUAUUCUGUUUCCUAGUAGGCGUAUGUAUUAUAUGCAACUUAAAUUGGUUUAGUGAAUGGAUUCUGCUAUCUGUUGUCGAGGA